CGUGCGCUCGGGUACGUGACGUUUACAAAGCAAAUUUCCUGAGAUUCCACAAAAAAUUUUAUUUUCUGCUUAGCAUUGGGCAAGCAAUCGAAGCUGGAGUCUUUAUAGGUUUCGGUUUUCACAGGACGGAUUUUCUGUUUUACAGUACAUGUUGCUGUAACGACUUGGCGCGACACAGGACAAUCCCAAAAUGCAGCAACCAGUGAUCGAAGAGGGCGUGACGGCCGACGAGCCAACUACUAGCGGCGCAUCCACCAUCGGCAACGUUAAGAGCUACGACGACUUAUUCCCGGCCCUACCCGAGUCUCAGACUGCCGCCCAUCCGGCCGCGAGUCCCCAAUGGGGCUCCAAUAUGAACAAGAUGCGAGUCGGGUCGUCUGUUAUCACUCAAGUUUUCCACGUUCCAUAUGAAGAACUUAACAUAUACGUGGAUACAAAAUUCGGCGAGGGCGAAUCGGUGCACACCUGCAAAUCCAUCAUGAAAGAAACUGGCGCGCAUAUCGAAAUAUCCCACGGAAAGGACCAGUCUCUCACCUUCCUCGUCAUUGGCAAGCAAAACGAAGUACUUACGGCUAGAAACAAGAUCUUGACUCAUUUCCAAACGCAAGCUCACAAAUCUAUUCGAAUCCCAAAAGAGCACUACAAAUGGAUCAUAGGCAAGAAAGGGGAGCGCUUAAGGGAGCUGCAAAGGCAGACUGGUACCGAAAUUGUACUGCCUACCAUGCACGACGAUGAUGACUCCAUUGUCAUUACUGGGCCUAAAGAAGGUAUCGAAAAAGCCGAACACGAGAUCCGUUUAACUUCUGAACAACAAUCCAAAAAAGCUCAAGAAAGAUUGAACGUUCCAAAAAUUUACCAUCCGUUCAUUUUGGGGCCUUACGGUGCAAAUCUCGAUGCCCUAAUGGAAACGACCGGGGCUAAAAUCAAUAUUCCGCCACCGUCCGUUAUGAAAGAUGAAAUUUUCAUUACCGGCGAAAAAGAAGGAGUUCUGGCGGCCAAGGAGCAAAUCGAGGCCAUCUACCGGUUGAUGGAGAAAAAAUGUACCUCUGUUUCGGUUGAGGUUCCUCCUACACAGCACAAGUACGUUAUUGGUCCUAAAAGAGCGACAAUUUCCGAAAUCUUUGACGAAACCGGAGUGAGCGUCGAGAUGCCCCCGAGCGACUCUAAUAGCGGAACGAUCACCCUCAGAGGUCCGUCCGACCGUUUGGGUCUUGCUCUGGGCGUGGUCUACGACAAAGCGAACUCUGUAAUGCUAACGGACGUGUCUUGUCCCGCCUGGCUCCACAAAUAUAUCAUCGGCAAGAAAGGGCAACGAAUCAAGGAAAUCACGCAGAAUUUGCCCAAGGUGCACGUGGAGUUCACCGAUAAGGACAAGAUUAAGAUCGAAGGCCCUCCGGAGGAGGCUGAAAAAGCCCAAGAGACAAUCGAGGCUGUGGCACAGGAUCUAAUCCAAAAUAUGACAUUUGUGGAGAUGCACGUUGACAACAGACUGUUCAAGCAUAUCAUCGGAAAGUCCGGGGCGAACGUGAACAAGUUAAAAGACGAAUUCAAUGUCGUGAUAAAUAUCGAUGAGAGUGGCCUUAUUAGGAUCGAAGGUAAGAAGGACGACGUGGCGAACACAAAAGCCAAAUUGGAGCAACAAAUAUUCAAACUGGAAAACGAGAAGGAGAGGGACGUCGUUAUCGAGCAUUACAGAAAUAUAAUCGGCCCCAGGGGUGAAAGCAUUAGAGAUAUCGGAGAGAAAUUCAGGAAUGUGCAAAUACUGUUCCCUGGCAAGGGUGACUCGAGCGACAUAGUCAAGGUCAGAGGUCCCAAGGAAGAAGUCGACGAAUGCGUGAGGACUUUGGAAAAGAGAGUGAAGGAAACCUACUUCAUCCAAGUACCUGUUUAUAAGCAGUUCCAUAAGUACCUCAUUGGAAAACAUGGUGCCGUCAUCACAAAAAUCCGAGAAGAAACAAAAACAAAAAUCGAACUUCCCGCCGAAUGUGACACAAGCGACUGCAUCACCAUCACAGGCAAGCGUGAAAACGUCGAGGAUGCCCUCGAAAGGAUCAAAUCGAUCCAGAACCAUCUGGAGAACAUUGUCAGCGAAAAAAUCACCAUCGAUCCCAAGUUUUACAAUUCGCUUAUUGGUGCUAAAGGAAAACUGAUUCACUUACUGAUGAGAGAUUGCGGUGGUGUACAAAUAGAAUUCCCGAAGCCCGACAGUAACAGUGACAAGGUGACAAUUCGGGGCCCUAAAGAAGACGUCGAACAGGCCAGGCAGCAACUGUUGGAUUUGGUUAACGAGAAACAGGUCGCUAGUUUUAAUGCGGAGGUGCGCACCAAACCGCAACAUCACAAGUUCCUUAUAGGGAAAGGCGGUGCCAAUAUAAAAAAAAUCAGAGACGCGACUGGUGCCCGCAUUAUUUUCCCUUCGAACGACGACGAGGACCAGGAGGUGAUUACUAUUAUUGGGAGACAAGAGGCGGUGGAGGAAGCCAAGCAGCAAUUAGAAGCCAUGAUUAAGAAAAUUGAAUUUCUCACUGUAGACGAAAUGCGUGUGGAGCAAAAGCAUCAUAAACAUUUCGUUGCCAGACGUGGUGAGGUUUUGAAUAAGAUCAGCGACGAAUGUGGCGGAGUGAUGAUUUCAUUCCCAAGGUCUGGGGUUGAUAGUGACCGGGUUGUUCUCGAGGGUACCGUUGAUUGUAUUGAGGCGGCCAAACAGCGCAUCAACGAGAUAAUCAGCGAUCUGGAAUCGAUGGUUACGAUCGAAUGCGUCAUUCCUCAACCUCAUCACGGUAACGUCAUGGGACAGAGAGGCUGGAGAGUGCAAGGCAUCACCUCGGAAUAUGAAGUGCAAAUUAAGUUUCCCGAUAAGGAGAAUACCGAAGCUUAUAAUACGGAGUUGACCAACGGCGAUGUUGAAAGUGAACCAGUAAGAUGCUGCGAUGUCAUCAAAAUCACCGGCAAAGAAUCCAACUGCUUAUUGGCCAAACAGGCUCUCUUAGAUUUGGUUCCUGUGACAAUCGAGGUAGACGUACCAUUCGAAAUGCACAGAGCCAUUAUUGGUACCAAAGGUCAAGCAGUAAAGGCCCUAAUGAACCAAUUCAACGUCCACAUCGUCUUAUCUUCGGCCGAAGAGCAAGAAGACAUUAUUAAAGUAACCGGCCUACCGGAGAACGUUAAAAACGCAAAAGAAGCUCUGCACGAUCGCGUUAAGGAACUGGAAGCCGACAAGAAAUUGAGAGAAUUAAAAUCUUACACGCUUAACUUCGAAGUUGACCCGGAAUAUCAUCCGAAAAUCAUCGGCAGGAAGGGCAUGGUAAUCACAAAAAUCCGGAAAAACAACGACGUAAUCAUCAAGUUGCCCAAGAAGGGCGAAGAAAACGAACACAUCAUCACCAUAAUCGGUUUGGAAGAGAACGCGAAUCGUGCCAAAGAUGAAAUUUUAAAGAUCGUCCACGAGCUGGACGAUUUGUACAAGGAGGAAAUCGAGAUUAAGUCGCGGGUGCAUUCGCGUCUGAUCGGCGCCCGCGGACGUAAAAUCAGGACGAUUAUGGAGGAAUUUAAAGUGGACAUUAAGUUCCCCAAGAGUACGGAUCCUAAUCCUAAUUUGAUCGUAAUCAGCGGUCCGGAAGAAAAUGUCAUCGACUGCCGUGAUCAUUUGCUCAAUUUAGCUGAAGAAUACCUGCAAGACGACGAAGAACAGCAGGCCCGCGAACAGCUGCACACCCUCAAUUUCCGCAUUAAUAACGCGGAACAGCCCGCCCCCGCCGAUCCCCAAUCCCAGAACAAUCCGUCGGGCGACGGCCCCCGUGGCGACGGUCGGCGCCACAUGAACCGCGACGGGUUCGUGGUCCAGGGGGGCCCCUGGGAGCAGAGCGCCCCCAACAUGGCCAGCGUCACCGAUUUUCCCGCGUUCGGGCGUGCCGCCGAGCCACCGCAGGCCGCUCCGGUCCCAGGUGCUUGGGGUAACAGACGUUAAACGGACGGCUGCCGCUUUACUAGUGAGAGUUUCCACCUUUAUAUUCUUAUUAUUUCAUGUUUGAACUGUGUUUUGAUGGGGAAACUUUGUAAUUUGUUGGGUCUAGCUUGUGGAAGAAGUAGGUUGAAAACUAGGGAUUGACCGAUAUGAGGGUAUGAGUGAGGACAGGGCGUAAUAAUAUAUUUAUUUGAUUCGCAAGGUUGCGAUCGUAUAUUUGAUCUUCCGCAGGCUUUUUGGAGGAUAGAAAUUACGAUUACUCACAGGCAUUACGCGUAAAUAAAUAUACAACAUAUUUUUUAAAGAAUAAAUAAAAAGACAUCAGAGGUUCAAUAUAACACAUGUACACAUCCCAUAAUUUAUUAUUAUAAAUAUGAAAAUUAACAUUCUUCACCCCAGAACCAGAACAUUGACAUUAACUGGUAUAACUACAACGUGGGGUCGCCGACGACCCAUUUUUUUAAUGUUGUUGAUAAAAUGACCUAACAAAUUAUUUGGUCAAAAAAUGUUUAAACAUUUAUUUAUUGAAAUAAAAAAUAUGGCUACAUAAAAUUUAAAGACAGAGAAAUUCAAGGUAAUUGCGAAUAGAUUUUCUUAAUUUUCUUGGAAAUUUUUUAUUUUCCACUCUUUUCUUCAUAUGAUCUUGCACCAAAAAAUCAGCUAUUUUUUUAAAGAAAUUCCAUCGGGUACCAGCAUUAUUCAUUAAUGUUUGGAAUCAAUUUAGUACGAAAGAAUUAAUACCAGCAGCGCCCAACAUACCUUAAAAAACAUACCUUAAGAACAUGGCCCUUGUUUUUUGAGCAACUGUUUCAGUGACAAAGCUGAUCAAAAGUAAGUCGAAUUACAAAACCAUAUAUAUUUAUAUCAUCAUGAAAAUGCAUGGAAUUUAAAUAGAAGUCCUAAUGUUUUCUUUGCUGAUACUUGUGAAAUUAAAGGAAUAUCUUUUGAAAAGGCAAAAUAAACGGUUUAGUGACAAACACCUUUCAUUUUACAAAAAUUCAGGAAAAUUAUUAAAUAAGAACAUCAAAAAACGUUUAAAUCCUAAUACAUAAGAAAUUGUGAGUUGCUUUGAAUUAUUCAGUUUUAAUUUACAUAUUUUGCAAAUUUUUGAGGCACAUUCCAAACACGUGGGCUUGUGAAACACAACUUACAUAAAACAAAGGUUUUCCGCUUAAAUUUUGGAGUGUGAACAUGUUUUGCGUUUUUCGAGUAUGUCUAGCUCAAUAUCGUCCUCACAGUCAGUUUCCGGUAGACAUCAAAUUCGUUUCAUUGUUUCGUUUUUUCCUCAACUUGUUUUUUUUACAAAGUCUACGAAGAUGAGGUCUCACUAAUUUAUCAGCAAGUAUUUUUUUAAAAUCUGCUGUCUCCUGUCUUACAUGAUUUUGUAAAGAUUGAUGAAUAACGUGCAUUGACGCCACUGAUGUCAAGUAGCCGAAAAAAAAAACGAGUCGUCGCCUGAUUUUGUUGGUUUGUAAAAACUAUCAUCUCAGGCUAACCAGGAGAGUCAUUAAGUUGCUGUGAUUGGUGCAUGGAAGAUUUAGAAGCAUCCAUAACAAGCGGAGUGACGAUUAUAUUUCAUUAUUUAAUUUUCCCAUCACUCGUCCAAAACAAUCGAAUUAUUUUUCCAUAAUCGGAUGCCACCGUUUAUUUUUAUAAUCGAAUUAUGAAUUAUUUUUAAUCUGAAUUAUCCCAUCAGUAAUUUAUACUAGGUUAAUAAAAAAUGGAAGAUAAUAUUUUGUUAAAUAAAAUCAUCUUUUGACUUCCCAAAUGAAUUUCUGGGUCACUAGAUGAAUCGGACCCGACCGUGAUGUCAUCCUCUUUUUCAGAUUCCUCUAGUUCACUUUUGUAAGGCGAACUGAUAAUAGCUGCAACUAUGAGUUUCAUAUAUAUUUUGUCACUGGCUCUUUUAAAAUAAAUAAGGGGUUCCAUAUUACCCAUCACCUUCCUGUCUGUAAAAUGGUAUGGUCCGAAACAAUAUGAAAGCAAACGCCAUGUCUUUUUACUUAUAAAUGAGUAAUGCCUGUGCAUAAUCAUAUGUUAAUGUUUAUCUGUGCAGUGACUUAAUAUUUAGAAGCCUGAGGAAUAUCUAAUAGAUGUUGGAAACGUCGCGAAUCAUUUAUUACCAUCCUUAUGCCGAUAGCAAUAAAGAUACUACCACAAAGUGAAAAUUAUUCGUAAUUAUCAAACUUUGAAUUGGUGGGGAUUUUUAUUCUGGAAAUGGAUAAGAAAACGUAAAGAAAAAUUUAACUUUGAACUACUGAUAAAGAAACUUAUUUUGACAUUUAAAGAGCCAAAAGAUGUUAUUGACAGAAAGUUCAAGUGAAUUUCAGAGUUUCGGGUUUUUGUAUGUCAAUGAUAUUGUGAGGAUUAGCAUAAAAAAGUGUAAUACGUACGCCAAAUAAAAAAAACGGCUCUUCUUAAUGACUGUACAAUAUACCAUUAAAAUGUAUACAUAUUCUUUAUAUGUUGACAGUGUUUUCAAAGUUAAUCCAUCUUAUAUCAUAAGAAUCCAUAUCCUCAAUUAAUUUUUUUAAUUAAUCUGUCCUCGAAAAAUAAAUCGGUCGAUCCCUAUCAUAGAACAUCAAAACGCAGUGUUUUGAUAACGUCUUAUUUUGAUAGAAUUAAAUACUCUUAGGUUAUGGUACAAUCAUAGACUAGAAUGGGUAUAAAAUAGUGAAUUGUCCUUUUUCCUUAAAUAAUAAUAUUGAUUAUUCGUUAAUGUUUGAUUUGAGACUGAUGAUCUUAAACUUGUGCUGUUACGAUGUUUUAAACUGUCUUGCCGAAAGUUUCUUUUUUUUAUAUAUUUUUUAAUAAAGGGUGGGAGCUCUGUGUACGGGGUAUUCGGAAACCUCAGUGAUAAAUUUUAAGGAAUGAUUAUUGAAAUUUCGAGACUAAGAAAUAAUUAGAUAUUUGCGCUAUUUAGUUCAAUCGUUUAUCUAACAAUAUGUAAACUGAAAAGUUAAAAAGUUUGUCCAUGGGCAGGAUUCGAACUCGCCCAAACUUUUUAGUUUAGGUUCUUUUCUUUCAAUUAUUAUUUGAAUAAAAAGUAUCAAGGCUAAAGGCAAAUAUACUUAAAUUCCGUACAAUAAAGUGGGUGUCACAAACAGAUGGUUUACCUAUCUAACUUAUUAAUUUUUUUUAAGUUAAAAUUAAACCACACAUAUUUUUGACAAAAGUUGUAUUAGUUUAUAGGAAUCUGAAUCACUCCUUAAAAAUUGUCGCUAAUAUUCCUGGAUACCUCGUAGGUAAAUUAAGCCUUCUUAAUGCGUGUAUAUGCCAAACUAAGGUACAACUUUAGUUGAAAUUUAAAAAAAAAAGUCGUAAUAAGGCGUCUGAGUUAGUAGACGCGAUCCUCUUCCCUCACUGUUUGCUGCAUUACAAACAAAACAAAAAAUAGGCCUGGCUACGUCAACGGAACUCUAUACUUGGUAAAACGAAACAUACAAAACAUGGAUGCAAAGCUCUUUUUAUACGCGGAAGAAUUUCGGUUUUCUUCUCGGUUAUUGGGGCGGACUAACGGCCUACGAACGGCACUAUUCUCGUAGAGAAGUUAUGAUAAGAGUAUUGUAUGAUAUUUUUAGUUGUAAAUUUUUGAUUAAAUGGAUUCUUUGUGUAGGUUACUUAUUAAGAGUUAUUUUAUAAAGAUUUAUAUAUUAUGAGCGUUAUUUAUAGUUAUGCCGGAGAAUAUCUCCGGCAAAGCGGUUUUUUUUUUACUAUAUUAAAUACACUGACGUGAUAAUAAUAUCUCGUAUUAGGUCAGUGAUUAAACAUCAGUGUCAUAACCUCUCUGCUCUAUUAAGAAAAUGUAUAAGGCGGUGCCUUAAUUAAGUUUUCUUGUAAGCGUAUUAAAGUUGUAAAUUUUUGUUCUUUUUCCUGUUUUAAUUUUAAAUUGGAAUCGAAUUGACUGAUCGCGGUAACCGGUUGUUCGGUACCGCUCUCGUUGCUGUUUCUUAUCAUUGAUUAUGUUAAUUUGUCAAAGAUUUGAUGGUUAUAUUAUAGAAUGCCUUGCGGUCAUCUUGUCCCAAGACUAACCUGAGGGAGAGAAUAAAAUAAAACCCUGGAAAAAAAAUUGAA